CUACUGUAUGCCUUUCUUCACAUGAGACAAAACUUGAAAUAUUUUGAUAAAAUGAGAUGCUUGCGGAAACGAUCAGCAGUGUCGUUCUUAGGAGUCCUUGUCAUUUGCUUGCUGUUCAUGAACUUGUACAUUGAAGAUGGUUAUGUUUUGGAAGGGGACAAGCAAUUAAUCAGAGAAACAGCCACGCACCAGCUCAACCCAGAGCGCUAUGUUCACACUUUUAAAGAUUUGUCUAAUUUCUCAGGAUCUAUAAACAUUUCCUAUCGCUACCUAGCUGGCACGCCUUUGCCAAGAAAAAGGUAUCUUACAAUUGGGCUAUCCUCUGUGAAAAGGAAAAAGGGAAACUACUUGCUUGAGACCAUCAAGUCCAUAUUUGAGCAGUCAAGUUAUGAGGAGCUCAAAGAAAUCGCAGUUGUAGUGCAGCUGGCAGAUUUUGACUCAGCCUGGUGUGAAGGGAUGGUCCAAGAUAUUUCACAGAAAUUUGCACAUCACAUAAUUGCGGGCAGAUUAAUAGUUAUUCAUGUCCCUGAGGAGUAUUAUCCUGUACUGGAUGGCCUCAAGAGAAAUUACAAUGACCCAGAGGACCGUGUGAAGUUUCGAUCCAAACAAAACGUAGAUUAUGCUUUCCUUCUUAACUUCUGUGCUAAUCUUUCUGACUAUUAUGUGAUGCUAGAAGAUGAUGUUCGCUGCUCAAAGAACUUUUUGACUGCUGUUAAGAAAGUAAUUACCUCACGAGAAGGAUCCUACUGGGUGACUUUGGAGUUCUCCAAACUGGGGUACAUUGGAAAGCUUUACCAUUCCCAUGACCUGCCACGCCUGGCCCAUUUUCUGUUGAUGUUUUACCAAGAAAUGCCUUGUGACUGGCUGCUCAUCCACUUCCGUGGGCUGUUAGCUCAAAAGGAAGUGAUACGUUUUAAGCCAUCUCUCUUCCAGCACAUGGGAUACUAUUCAUCUUACAAAGGAGCUGAAAACAAGCUAAAGGAUGAUGAUUUUGAAGAGGAAUCAUUUGAUAUCCCUGACAACCCACCUGCAAACUUGCACACCAACAUGAAUGUAUUUGAAAAUUAUGAGGCAAGCAAGGCUUACAGCAGCAUUGAUGAGUAUUUCUGGGGCAAAGCUCCUUCUACUGGAGACUUCUAUGGGAUUGUAUUUGAAAAGCCCAUCAAAAUCAGUAAAAUUAAAGUUGUCACUGGUACAGAAGACCGACAAAAUGACAUUUUGCAUCAUGGGGCCCUGGAAGUGGGAGAAAAGAUUGUAGGGAGUAAAAAAGGGAGACAAUGUACUACUUACUUGAGACUAGGGGAAUUCAAAAAUGGGAAUUUUGAAAUAACAGAUGUAGAGCACAAAGUUCUGUUUGAUAUUAACUGCAUGAGAAUACUUGUUACCAAAAGUCAAAAAGAAUGGCUGAUCAUUAGAAGCAUUAGCGUCUGGACUUCACAAACACCAAAUCAAUAA